GCGUGCGCUGUCAGCGACGCCGGAAGUCCUCUGUCGGCCUGGCGGUAACCUUGUGGGCCUGGCCGCUACUGCUGAGGUGAGCUCGGCGAGUCUGAGCGUUGGCCCAGCGAAGCUCGUUACCUGCGGCGGGCCGCCGAGGUCGCGCAGGAGGGAGCCGAGGGCUGCGGAGCUCAGGCGCGCGCGCAGGGCCUCGCAGCCGACAUGUCUCUGGUGGCGGAAGCGUUCGUCUCCCAGAUCGCAGCUACAGAACCAUGGCCUGAAAAUGCAACCUUAUAUCAGCAACUGAGAGGGGAGCAAAUUUUGCUUUCUGACAAUGCAGCAUCUCUUGCUGUGCAGACCUUUUUGCAGAUGUGUAAUCUGCCUGUCAAAGUGGUAUGCAGGGCAAAUGCAGAAUAUAUGUCUCCAUCUGGAAAAGUACCUUUUAUUCAUGUGGGAAAUCAAGUAGUGUCAGAACUUGGCCCAAUAAUCCAAUUUGUUAAAGCCAAGGGCCAUUCUCUUAGUGAUGGGUUGGAUGAAGUCCAAAAAGCAGAAAUGAAGGCUUACAUGGAAUUAGUCAACAACAUGCUGCUGACUGCAGAGUUGUAUCUCCAGUGGUGUGAUGAAGCUACAGUAGGGGAGAUCACUCUUGCUAGGUAUGGGUCUCCUUAUCCUUGGCCUCUGAACCUCAUUCUGACCUACCAGAAGCAGUGUGAAGUCAAGCGUAAGAUGAAAGCCAUUGGAUGGGGUAACAAGACCCUGGACCAGGUCUUAGAAGACGUAGACCGGUGCUGUCAAGCCCUUUCCCAAAGACUGGGAACACAACCUUACUUCUUCGAUAAGCAUUUUGACUUACCUGCUGAAGAUGUUGAGUGAAGACAUGCGAAGGAAACCCAAAGAUUUUUGCUUGUUUUUAGAAAGAGGAAAGAAGUUAGAUCUUGUACCAAGAACAGCAAUUGAGAAAGAAGUCAGCAGGAGCUUUGAUUUGCAUGUCUUAGUAAUAAUUUUGUAGCUCACUAUUUUUUGUGUGUGUGUGUGAUAAUUUUUCUAAUAUGAAGAGAUGGCAAAAUAAAUAAUAUGUGAAAAAAAUUAGGAGACACCUAGACAAAACUAAUAGUUUUGGAAUUAGAUGAUACUAUAGAGGAUGUCAGAGAAGAAGACAAAAUAAUAAGGAAAAAGGAUGGGCAGGAGACUUAUUUUAAAUGGAAAAGGUUAGGAAAAUGUUCACGUUUUACAGCACUUUUCAUUUUGAUAUUCAAAUGAAAGAAUAUCUAACUGAAAUGAUGAUGAUGAUUCAAGAUAAGGUGGUAGUAGGACUUUAAGAAUAUAUCAUCCUAGAAUAUUUUUCUAAUAAAAGUCUGUAAAGAUAAAAGCAGUAAUAUAUUUGAAAUAUCUUAAUGAUCGAAGGAAGAGAAUUUGCACAUGGGUCACACACACACUCAUCCAUACCCACACAUAGCCAUAUCACUGUCCAAAGAUCUCUUUAAGCACAAGAAUGGAAAGUUUAUUUUUUUCCUUCAUUAUAUAACAAAGGAAUUUAAGAGCAGGAAGAUGAUGGCUUAACAUUGUAGAAUUUACAUUUAUGGGGUGUAUGCAGGGAUCAUGCAUGUGUGCUAUGACAUGUUUGAAGGGAGUUGGUUCUCUGAAUUUACAGUGCGAGGUCCAGGGCUUGAGUUUGAACUGUCAGACAUAGCAGCCAUUGCCUUUACCUGCUGAGCCAUCUCUCUCUGGCACAGUAUGUUGUUGCUUUGCCAUUGGCUUUCAUAAGAGCUGCAAGUUUUUCUGAACUUUUGCCUUCGGGGUAGGAUGCAUAAUUCACUUUUAGUAGAGUUGGUACUUUUAUGGCUAUGAUUUUAUGAGUUUUAGGAAAUGCAUAUAGUUAUAUAACCACAAGUACACUUCAUUUUAGAAAAAAUCAGUUAUAUUUAUUUGUGUGUCACAGGGGUGGGUAGUGGGGAUAACCGUGUGCCACGGUUCAAGUUGGAGGUCAGAGGGCAACUUGGAGAAGCUGAUUUCUUUUUCCUUCUACCACAUGGGUUCCUGGGAUAGAACUCAAGUCAUCAGACUGGACAGCAAGUUCCUUAACCCUGUGGAGCCAUCUUGCCAGUCUUACAAGUACACUUCUUUUUUAAAAAGGAAUUGCGGGAAUUGGUAAUUUAUAAUAAUCAGAAUCAGUUCUUGUGAGUCACUGAAAUUUAAAAGGAUUGUAGGACACGAUAGGGAAUGCCUUUAAUCUCAACACUUGGGGAGGCAGAGGCAGAUAAAUUUGUGAAUUUGAGAUUAGACUGGUUUGCAUAGAAAGUUCCAGGCCAGCCAGUACAACAUCAGGAGACAUUGUCUUAAAUUUGAAGAAUUAUGCUUCAGAAGUGUGCUUGGGUAAUGUGUUUGCUUUGCUGGCUUAGUUAUUACAGCCUACACACUCAUAGACUUUAAAAAGCAACUUUAGCAAUCUCAACACCAUCAGUUCUGUGUGCACCAUUCGAGUUUUACAAGUAGAUGUUUUAUAACACAUGGCAUUGUGAUCACUUAAGGGUACUUCUUGACCCACUGUCAUUUGAGCACAGAUCGUUGAUUUGACCUCAUUCAGAGCCUUCAUUUAUUGGUACAGAAUGCUCAAGCUAUACAAGAACUGAAGGGUGAUUGUCACUAAACAAGAUUAAGAAAAUAAGUCCCUACUUGCAAGAGCUUACUUUUUAAGCAGUGUGUUAGGGAUGUAGGAAAGUUACAUUUGUAUAACUUCUGUUGGGGUGCCUUCACCCUACAUUUAUCCACUUGUGUCUUUGGUUCUUUGUAAGGACCUACUUGUUAUUGAUUCUCUGUUUAUGAUGAAAAAAUUAUGGUACUCUUAAGUUCAAGUACACUAGUGAUUUUUAAAAAAUGCAACCCUUUUGACUGCCUUCUUAAAUAUGACCACGGGUUGCACAUUUUCACUUUAUUUUAUUUUUAGGUAUGGAUUUGCUGUAUAGCCCAAGAUCACCUUGAAUUUACAGUAUUACUGAGCUGGGACUGAGUGAGGCAGUUAUAGGCAUGUGCCAGUUGAAUGUCUCACUUUAUGUAAUACUCCAUCAUUGCACCAGAGAGGGAAGAAUGCCAAAAAAUGGGAAUAAUUGUUGUUAGAAGGAAAGAUUUCACUUUCUGCAGGGUACUUACCUUUCAGAAAAUCCUAGAGACCUAGUACAGGUACUGUACUAGGAACUGGGUAUGUAAAGAUUGAGGCACAUGGGGAACCUGCUGUGUGUGUGUGUGUGUGUGUGUGUGUGUGUGUGUGUGUGUGUGUGUGUGUAUUUUUCCUUUUUUUUUGUUCCCUUUUUUUUUAGUAUACUUUCUGGCACACUGGAAACCUACUGUAUUUAUUUGAUUAUUAAAAUAAUGAGUAUAUAUAUUAACACAAUUAAUACAUCAAAUCAUAGUUUUCUUUUAUCAUGUUCUAAAAUGGAAAAAAAUCCUGUCAAGUUGUGGGAGGGUUUAUUUUAAUGACUUUUUUCUUUUAAAUUGAUAAAUAAAAAAAAUUUUUUUUUAAAUAGGAUGCGUUCUACCAUAAAAACGAGGCAGCUCUCAUGCUUCUCAUCUUUACUUUUAUUUUAGACCUACUGAACUUGAUGCUCUGGUUUUUGGCCAUUUGUACACCAUUCUUACCACACAGUUGACCAGUGAUGAACUUUGUGAGAAGGUGAAAAACUAUAGCAACCUCCUUGCUUUCUGUAGAAGAAUUGAACAGGACUAUUUUGAAGACCGGGGUAAAGGCAGGUUGUCUUAGAAUUGUGUGCCGAUUAGUUAUUUUACAAAUAACUAACUUUUGGAAUAUGGAUUACUUGAACAAUAUGGUGGUAGUUGCAGGAUCUCAAAACCAAAAACUCUGUUGUUUGAAACCUCAAAAGUACUGCAUAAUGUCAUGUACAUGUUCUUUGUAUUGUUAUUUGUACACCUUCACUUUGAAUUGUUUGAUUUGUUACAUUAUAUUCUAUAUCUUGACUUUUCUUUCUUUAAGAUCAUAUAAAAAUAAACUUUAAGCAACUGA